CUCACUAGGGCUGACAGCGCGGGUCGUGCGCUCGUAGCUCGCGCGCCCGCCGCGAGGCUGUUGACAUGAACGUAAGCGGCAAUAUUGGAGCACUCUACACGCUUGCUAAUUUACGUAGACCAUCGGCUGUUUCGGACACUCGUUUGGACACUGAGACCCUCGAGGGCGGAUACGCGGCAAUGGAACACGCCGGACUGGCGGGACUGUCGUCGUGGAAACCGUGCAGGACGCCGUCCGAUCCAUGUCGAGUACCGAAGCCGAGCCUCCAAUGCGAAAACGCUCCAGAUGUGUAAAGUUUCGUUGUAGUUUAAUCGGCAUUAUUGCGCACUGCAGUUGUGCGGAGCGCAUUUUUCUGCAACAUUUUGACCCCGAAUUUGCAGCGCUACAAUAUUUGAGAGCACCUACUGAACAGGGACAUUCCCGCAACAUGCCCAGCAGCAGACGACGUUUGUUUCAUGUCGGCUAUUCGGCACUGCCGGCACUCCUGGCCCUCCUAGCUGCACUGCAGCUAGCAUUUGGCUUUGAUCACCACCUGCAUCCGGUCACCUCUUUUGCGACACACGAAGGACCAUGGGGACUGGAGGCCGCGGCCAACUUGUCGCGAUGGCGGACGGGCAUAUUUGAAGGCACGAUGGAGGCGGGGAAUCCACAAGGCCACGCGCGCUACGACGCUUUCAAGCCUUUCACGGGCUGCCCACCUGGAAAGACCCUGUCAGAAGUUGGCGCACCGCCUGGCAGGAAGCCCGGUGAAGAUGGUGGAAAGUGGAUGUGCAUGCCUCUGGAGCCCGAAGGUCCCGAGUGUGUAGUGUAUUCCCUAGGCAGUGCCAGCAACUACUACUUUGAGGAGGACAUCCUCCGGCUCACCAGUUGCAAGGUAUGGACGUAUGACUGCACGGUGGACGGCCGCUCAUCCAACGCUGAACGGCAUUUCUUCCACAAGAAGUGUGUUGGGUCCAGCAAGUACGAAGGCAUGUUCUCAAACUACAUCUCCUGGGACGCCAUGAUGAAGAGCAACAACCAUACCCACGUGUAUAUCUUGAAGGCAGACGUGGAAGGCUUUGAGUGGGGCUUCCUGUCCUCCUGGCGCGCCGACACACCCGGCCUACCCUACAUGCUGGCGGUCGAGUUCCACCUGGACCGCCUGUCCACUGGGCCCGGGCCGCUGCAGCCAAACCCGGGGGCGGACGUGUCACGGUUCGAUCAGAUGUGGGGGCGACAGACCAUCAGCCAGCCCGAGCUAGCUCUGUUCUUCCAACACCUGGCCUCACUGGGGUACGCAAUCAUCUCGCGAGAGGACAACCCUUGGGGCAACUGCUGUGCAGAGUACGUGUUCCUGCGCGUGGAGAGCUUUCGCAGGGCACACGCAAGGCCCGUGCGGCGCAGGCGGCAAGCCUAAAGUCGGGUUCAGAAGUACCGCACUUAGCGUGUGAGGUGAGGGCCUUUCAGGCGAACGUGCUUUUGUGCGUCAAGGUUUCUGCCAUAGGCAUGCAUGUGGUCAUUCAGGCCAUGAGGGUGUUUGCCGUAUCAGGUCAAAAUGCGCUAGUGUGGGUCUGGCGACUAAUGUCCUAACGGGUGUGUUAAAGAGCAUAAGGAAAGCAUUGCGCAACGGGUGUGUGUGUGUGUGUGUGUGUGUGUGUGUGUGUGUGUGUGUGUGUGUGUGUGUGUGUGUGUGUGUGUGUGUGUGUGUGUGUGUGUGAUGUUGUGUGCGGCAUGAUGUGUGCAGUGCCAUGACUUGCUGAACUGUUCCGUGCAUGGCCUCCAGACCCUCCCUCUUAGUUGCAGCCAAUAAGUUUGGUUUUGGACAUGAUGGCGCGCACCUGUGGCGAUGGAAGAAAUGCACUCAUGGGGCAGGGGGGGGGGUUAGAAUCUUCCGAAACAGACCCCAUGCUUCAAGUGGAUAGAGCUUAACGAGAGAAAAGCACGAAUCCGCUUUCACAAGUGGAAAUGGGUUUCAGGGUGCAAAGUUAUGGAUGCGACACUACAAGGGACAGUCCGGCCAAGCAAGGGUGCCAGGGCUUCUAUCUUAAUGUCUCCAGACAUUAAUUGGCCAUUUUGGCCGUUUUCUAGUCAUUCCUCCCGGCGGCUUAUGCCUGGGGUGAGACUUUGUUGGCCCGGGUUUGGGGCGGGUUGAGUCCAAUUUCCUAUGG